AUGGUGGCGCGGGCCUUCAUCCUGUUGGCACUCUUUGCAGAAGCCUCAGCGAAAUCAUGCAUUCCAAAUAAAGCAGAUGUCAUCCUCGUGUUUUGUUACCCCAAAACCAUCAUUGCUAAAAUCCCCGAGUGCCCCUAUGGAUGGGAAGUACACCAGCUGGCACUCGGGGGGGUGUGUUACAACGGGGUCCAUGAAGGGGGCUACUACCAGUUCAUCAUCCCAGACCUAUCACCCAAGAACAAGUCCUACUGCGGCACUCAGUCAGAGUACAAGCCCCCCAUCUACCACUUCUACAGCCACAUCGUGUCCAACGACAGCACAGUGGUUGUGAAGAACCAGCCUGUCAACUACUCCUUCUCCUGCACCUACCACGCUACCUACCUGGUGAACCAGGCUGCUUUUGACCAGAGAGUGGCCACUGUCCAUGUCAAGAAUGGGAGCAUGGGCACAUUUGAAAGCCAGUUGUCCCUCAACUUCUACACUAAUGCCAAGUUUUCCACCAAGAAAGAAGCUCCUUUCAUUCUGGAAACAUCCGAAAUUGGUUCAGACCUGUUCGCAGGAGUAGAAGCCAAAGGGCUAAGCACUCGGUUUAAAGUAGUCCUGAACAGCUGCUGGGCCACCCCCUCGGCUGACUUUAUGUACCCCUUGCAGUGGCAGCUGAUCAACAAGGGCUGCCCCACUGAUGAAACCGUCUUCGUGCAUGAAAACGGCAAGGACCACAGGGCAACUUUCCAAUUCAAUGCCUUCCGGUUCCAGAACAUCCCCAAACUCUCCAAGGUUUGGUUACACUGUGAGACAUUCAUCUGUGACAGCGAGAAGCUCUCCUGCCCAGUGAACUGCGACAAACGGAAGCGGAUGCUGCGUGAGCAGACAGGGGGUGUCCUGGUGGUGGAGCUGUCCUUGCGGAGCAGGGGACUCUCCAGCCUCUGUGGCUUCUCAGGUGUUCUUUAUCACCUCGUCCUGAUGCUGGGGCUCUGCGCUGUGCUAUAGGACACACCUGGGCAGCUGCAGCAACUCUCUCCAAGGUCGCCCCAACUACGACACAUCUGUUUAUUGUACUGCCAAAAAGAACGAACAGAAGACUUCAUUGCUGGGGAGCCGAGAAUAGUGCUUUGCCAAAUAUGUGUUCCCCAUGAUUUGUGUGUGUGUGUGAAUUUGGUGAUCCACUCUCGUUAGAGCCACACUUCCUCGCACUCCUUCCUGUGGCUAUUACACCCUGCCAGUCCCCUCCACGAGGGUGGGGAGGAGUCAGCUCUCUCUACUCAAACUCGGGCAGCAUUUGAAAGCUGCUUUCAUCAUAAAAGAUCACACACACACACACACACACACACACACCACAUGCAGCUUAGCAUCUGGAUACCAUAACCACAAAAAUCAAUGCCAAAUACAGAAUCCACAGGGGUAGCCAACUUUACCCAGCAGGCACUCUAUCGCUGAGACGGUAGAAUUCUGAAGACUAGAAUUGAGCCCCUAGGCAGGAAGUUCCAAUCUUCAAGUGUCAAUGUGGAAAUCCAAGUUAAAUACAAUAUAUUUACUCAAACUUGUGUAAUAGACAAGAAGUAGGUUCUUAAGAGCCUCUAGGACUAAUGUGUUUAUAUUUUAGGGUUUCUUAAAAUGAUAUUAACCUUAGGUAGGUACUACAGUGCCUUAUCCUUUAUAACUGAUUAUAUUUCUGUAAUGAAAAGCAAAUAGGGAAUAGACUCUGGAAGGGGUAAACUCACAUAGUAACGCGGCAUUGCCUGCAGGAAGUGAAAGGCAGUGGGAAGGCCGCCUGAGUCCAGGUUCCCUGAGAUUUGAGGGCCCAUCCUCCCACACAGCUUGUGAUGUUCUGUGUACUCACGC